AUGGACCCACCGCGCAAGGCGACAGCUGCUCAGUUGGCAAAGCGAAGCAUCAAACCUCUCAAGGGACGCCCCGGCUCGUCUCGGUCAUCCUCACCCUCCAAGACCAGCCCAGCUCCUGGCUUUGGCAAUCCAUUUGGCGGCGGCGGCGACAGCAACCCUUUCGCACAGAGCGCUCCUGCACCACCAGCUGCUGCCAGCUUCAACUUUGGCCAGACGACUGCGCAAGCACCGAGCAACCCCUUCGGCUCCAUGUCGACCUCACAGAGCUUCCCACCAAACGCUCCUGCAAACGGCAGUGCAACCCCCGCCGCUUCCUUCUCUUUUGGCCAGUCACAACCUGCCAACGCUCCUGCCUUUGCACCACCUCAGUCUUCGAGCUUCAACUUUGGUGCAUCAACCCCUACCGGCACAUCAUUCAGCUUCGGCGCAUCACCUGCCAGGCCUGCACAGAACGGUGACGCCAACAAGGCACCUUCCUUCACCUUCGGCUCAACACCUGCCUCGCCAGGCCCUUCCGCCCCGGCAUCGCCUGCACCUGCCUUCAAUCCCUUCUCAGCCAUGUCGGGCCCCUCGUUUGGCAGCACCGAGCAGAACAUCACUGCUGCUGAGAUCCACGAGAUCGAGUCGGCCGGUCCUCGUCUGAGCCAGGAGGGCAAGCUUGACGCUCUCGCUAACAUUGUGCGUCACAGCGAGCCCAAGUACAAGGAUGCCGACCUUGGUGGCCUUGACCUCUCCGCACUUCCAGCCGCCGUGCAGAGAAAGAUGCUCGACUUUGUCCGCGCCAAACCAGAAACCGUGAGUCUGACAACAAUCACUUCUUUCAACAUGCCUCGCUACACCGGAUCCCAUGGAUCUGCAGACUCUCAUGACGUUCCUUUGUUUGCUUCUCAUAUGCCCCACACCUACACACACCUCCCUGCUUUCACUGAAGAGCACUUCAUGACCGAUGGCUUUCUCGACGAGGCAAAGCUUGCUCAGGCAGCGGCAGAUGCCAACAUGCCUGCUGCCUGGCAGACGGGAAUUGCUGCUCUGCAAUCCCGCUUGGACAGAGAGAAGCACGGCAUGGACCAGAUCCAUUCGUACCAGUAUUUUGGCUCGUCGCACCAGUCGCAGACUGGCCAGCAACAGCUCAGCUUCACACCCCCUGCAGCAGAAUCCUUCAAUCCCAAUGCUUUCGCAUACGCACGGCCAUAUCAACCAUUCAACAGUGUUGAAGGUGCCCAAGCCCCCUUCGUAAACCACCCCGACGUCGACCAAGUCACUCAACAUGACAUGGUUGAUGUAUCCCACCACCACCACUGCUUGAACAUGCAACCUCAACUCCCUUCGGCCCAGCCUUUUGCUAACAUUACACCCUACCAGACACAGCCCGAAGCACCCAAAGCCUCCUUCUCCUUCUCAUCCACCACACCCGCACCCGCAUCCGCUCCCUCACCGUCGUUCAGCUUCGGCGCAUCCACCACGCCCGCUUCCUCAUCUAGCCAGCCCGAGACUCAAUCAUCACCCUUCAAGAGCUUAGGUGCCACCCCUGCCUCCGCAUCAUCUGCACCCACAUCUGGCUUCAAGUUCGGUAGCACCGCUACUGAGCCCGCCAAGAAGGACGAUGCACCCACCACCUCGGCCUUCAGUGGCUUCGGUGCUUCGACCGCGAAAAAGGACGACACACCAGCAAAACCUGUAUCUGCCUUCAACUUCGGAGGUCCCGCCGCUUCUCCUGCACCCGCACCUUCAUCAUCGUUCAACUUUGGCACUCCAAAUGCUGCUCCAGCCUCUCCGGCUCCUGCAUUUAACUUCGGUUCCGCUGCCGAGAAGAAAGACGACGCAGCCCCCAAGCCUCCAACUCCUGCCUUCAACUUUGGCACAACCGCAACUCCCGCUGCACCUCCGUCUCCCAAGCCUGCCGAGAAGAAGCUCCCCUCUCCAUCAUUCGCAUUUGGUGCUCCCGCCGUUCCUGAGCCUGCUGGCGAAGUCUCAUAUCCCCAGAUCAACGCAGCCCCUUCGCAAUCCUCAUCUGGCGCACCUACACCGUCUGCAUUCAAGCCCGCUGCCGCUCCAGUAUCGCCCAAGCCUCAAAAUGCUGGUCUCGGCAAUUCCAUGUUCAACAGCGCCCCCGCUCAGCAAAAGCCCGCCGAAUCUGCUUUCAAGGGCUUCGGCAGCUCUGUCUCGGCAGCUCCUCAAGCACCCGCCGCGUCACCAUCCUUCGCCUUCGGUUCCUCCGUCAGCGCACAAGCUCCUGCCCCUUCUGGCAGAUCCGAAGUUCGUACAAGCAACGCUCUCUCGGCACCUGUCACUCCAGGCGUUGCCACUCCUCCGGCUUCUCCUCAACUCCCGCCAUCCGAGGCCGAGUCUGUUAUGAUCAAGCAGGUCAACGAGUCUCUACUUGCCUACCUCGCAUCAGCCGAUACUUCCCGGGACUGGAGUGCCAUUGUGCAUUUCUACCUUGAACAAAUCGCUGGCAUUCGUUCCGAGAACAGUGUUGCGCCUUCCGCAGGAGCCAUCCAGUCUUCAAGUGCGCCCAAGCUGCUCACUGCUCCUUUGGCUCCUUCCAACACCCGCGGUGAGAAGCGUCCUGCUGAUGAGGAAGUCACAAAGGAUGACGAACACAGCAAGCGUGCUAAGCAGGGCUCCACUGUCUCUACCCCCAGCAAGCCUACGUUCAACAUGUCUACCACCACUUCCGGCUCACCCAGCGGCAAGCCCCUCUCGCAAACUGCUUCAUUAUUCGACAACAUCCUGAGCAGCCCAGACAAGCCCCAGACACCUCAACCCACAAACGUCUUCUCCGCCUCUGCAAACAAGACUCCAGCUCCUCCCGCUACUGCUCCCCAAGCCAAGUCGAACCCCUUCGGUGCCAUUGCUCGCAAUGUUUCUGCUACUCCCGGGCCCACCGCUCCCAAGAUCGGCUUCGCCCCUCCUGCUGGAGCUCAAGCAUUGCCAUCCUCUAACACCGGAACAUCUGCUGCAUCUCCUUUCCAGAUCCCCAAGUUCGGUGGUAGCUCUGCCCCUUCGUCUGCACCUGCAUCUGGCUUCCAAGUACCCAAGUUCGGCGGUGGCGCUUCUACUGCUGCUCCCAGCUUCCUUGGCUCAUUCGGUGCUAAGGCUGCUGAGCAAGAAGCAAAGGAACGUGAGAAGCGCAAGGAAGAGGACAUGGACUCUGAUGAAGACGAGGAAGAGUGGGAGAGAAAGGAUGCUGAGAAGCAGGCCCAGAAGAAGGCCGAACUCUUGGCCGCCAGUCAAGCUCUGAAGUUCAGUGUCGACACCUCCAAGAAGCCCGCAAGCUCUGCCUCGGCUGUUUUCUCAUUCAGUGGCACACCUGCAUCUUCCACAAGCACCUCUGCAUCGUCCAAUAUUUUUGGCAAUCUUGCCGGCAGCAAGCCUGAUGAUGACGAUAACGACGGCGACACUGAUGAAGAUGAGGAUGUCCAUGCUGCUCUGACCAAGGCAACUCCUGCUAAGCCUUCUGCUGGCAAGAGUCUCUUCGAACGUGUUUCCUUUGACGCCGAGAAGGAGAAGACAUCUGAUGCUCCUAGCGCUUCCUUCAAGUUCAGCUCAUUCGGUAGUUCCGGUGCUGCUGACAACACCUGGAAGGGUAGUGAUCCUAUCAAGUUCGGUGCCAGCACAGCUACCGCCGGUACCACUACUCCUGAUGGUUCACCUGCCAAGGCUCCUGCACCCAAAUUCAACUUCGGCGGUGCUUCUCAAACGGCUGAAAAGUCAUCUCCCUUCAGUGGAAUGGUUGGUGCUAAGCCUGCUGCAUCUGGUAGUAUCUUCGACGCUGCAAAGCCCUCGGCCCCUACGACCGGCUUCUCGUUUGGCGGUGCUCCUUCUUCAGGACUUGCACCUCCUUCCGGAUCAUCGGUGUUCGCAUCGGCUGCUACCUCUCGCGCCACGACUCCUGGCGCCACUACCACCGACGCUGAAGGCAGUGCCGCUGAGUCGGAACCCAGCGACACACCCAACGACGCACAGAAGGAUUUGACCUCCCUCACCGCCGACGAUAUCGCCAAGUACGAUCUGAUCCACGAAGCACGUUGUAAGGUGACGAAACUUGUCAAGGGUGACGACAACAAGCCUGCAUCAUGGGUCAGCCAAGGCGUCGGUCCUAUCCGCAUCCUUGCUUCCAAGGAAACAACCAAGCCCCGUAUUCUCAUGCGUGCCGAUCCAUCUGGCAAGGUCGGUCUAAACUUCAACGCCCUGCUCAACACUGCUCUGUACAUGAUCAAGGCUCCCAAGAUGGUGCAAGUCAGCGUCCCUGCCGAAGGCAAGAAGGUCGAGUCUUUCAUGUGCAUGUUCAAGGACGGUGACAAGGCAAAGGAGUUCUUGGACAAGCUGCACGAGUCCAUCACCAAAGCUCAAGGUUAG